AUGCAAGAACUCAAAGCUUUCUUGCGCUGGCUUAUCGAUUCUACAGAGGGCAAGCUUGCUCCCGAUAGACGGCCGACUAUGGACUCCGUUUUAAAUCGGGCCCAAGAACUCAUCCAGGGCUUUUACCUAGAGACUGAAAAUGAGAUCCCUCCUUAUAACCGGGCCAAGCUCUAUCAGUUCGUCAAGAACAACCAAGAUCCCAAAAUAAAAUCGAAGUACUCCGCCUAUAUCGCCCAGAUCCUGGCACAUAAUCCUAAAGCUGUCUAUAGAAAUGACUGCCUCGCCAAUUAUUCUGGCGGGGGUAUGUUUAACACUUCAAAAAAUAAACUUGCCGAGCACACUCACAUUAAAGAAGCAAGCUCUUCGCAAGCUUAUGCCCGAAUUAGGCCUUUUAGCGGCCGUUAUGUCGGGCAAACUGGGCAGUGCCCCGAGGGAGCAGACUUAGUAAUGUGGUAUAACCUGACGACGUUCGACAUCAUUGGCAGUCUUGCGUUUGGGCAGGACUUUGGCGGCGUCGAGUCCGGCAGUCAGCAUUUCUGGGUGUCCAUAGUCACCAAGAGCCUGCGCCUGGGCGCUCUCGCUGACUGCCUUCGUCGAUUUCCAGCUGCAGGGGCUGUUUUUCAAUGGCUCUUCUCGGGAUCCGUCAAUAAGCUCAUGGAAGAGAAUCGUCGACAUCAGAACUACACGAUGGACCUUGUCAAGCGACGCCUAGCGAGUAACAGCGGGCGCAGAGACUUUCUGACCAAAAUUAUCGAAGCUCGAAAAGAUGCCGAUAUCAGUGACACGCAGAUUGCGGCACAUUCUUCUGACUUUGUCAUUGCAGGAAGCGAGACCACAGCAACGGCACUGGCCUGCAUGACAUACUACAUUCUGAGAAACCCGGCCAUCAUGGACCGGCUCAAGACGGAAAUCCGGACUGCGUUCAGUCAGUACGAGGAGAUUAAUGCGACAAGCACCAAUUCCCUUACCUACCUUCGAGCGGUUGCGCAAGAGGCGAUGAGGAUCUUUCCUCCUUUGCCUUUCGCCUUGCCCCGGAUUGUUCCCGCAGGUGGUAGCACCGUAGAAGGCCACUAUCUGCCAGCUGGCACAAUCGUUUCCACCAGCCCAUUUGCUGCAAGUAUGUCAUCUGCCAACUUCCACAACCCGUGGGACUUUGAUCCGGACCGUUGGCUGGGACAGAACGAGAAAGACGAUUUGGAAGCCAGCCAACCUUUCUCCCUGGGCACACGUUCUUGCAUGGGUCGAAGUCUGGGAUGGAUGGAGCUACAGACAAUCAUGGCGAAGCUGAUCUUUAGCUACGAUAUCGAACUGGUAAAUAAGGACGUGGAUUGGCUGCGGGACUCACGCAUGCAUACAUUGUGGGAAAAGCCGCCACUGAUGGUCCGCAUCUCGCCAUGGAACCCGUGA